GCUCUUGUGAGAUGUUCUGCACCUCUGAAAAUAAAGAAUCAAGCACCGUUCUGCACUUUUAAGCUGGUGAAUACGGCCCAUUAUUUCUGCUUUGUUGGAUUUGUAAGGACUUCUUCCUAUUCGAUGGUUUUCCGCAGCGCAGCAGGUGCAGCUCCAGUGCUUCACGGUUCCCCGGGAGGAAACCUGCAUUGUGCUAACCCAGUGUCCAAGGAAUAAUGCUAUAGAAUAGGGUUGAAGUGCCGACUGCUGUAUGUUGUCUAACUACAAAUGUACAUACUGGCGGGGAGCACAUGAACUCUAUAGAAGUCCGAGGUGGGCGAACGUGAGAAAGUCACAGGGAGCAGAGCUGGGGGUCCGGCUGAGGAAUAUUCCUCCUUAACAAUCUGGGAUUUGUAGUACCAGCCGACGAUCUAUGGAGGAGCAGGUGAUCAUGUGACGGGGGUCCACGGCCGGAUACAUUGUAACAACCAAUCGAUUAUUGACGCCAUCUCAUCGGAUAUCGCCGCCAUCACUUUCAUCACUGACGCUGGUUUUCUGGUAUUGGAUGGAAUUUCUGGGGUGAUAUUUUUGGAAUAUUUUUGUGUUUUGACCUUUAGUGUCUGGAGGUGACAAGAUGUGGAUGUGAUUCCUGGACACGUGGACGGCACCGGGACCUUCUCACCUCUGGAUCGGAUUUAGGACAAUGCGGAGGCGGCUCCAUUAUCUGCUUUUCGUAAUAGGAUCUUUGCUUUCCACGGAAAUAGGCGCGGUGUUAGAUGUCACGUUGGUUUCCUUCACCCCCGAGCACCGUAAAGUGGAUUUAUCGUUAUCAUGUGUCACCGGGGAGCGGGAUAUGAAGAGCUCGGAUCUGCGCAUCGAACGCGAUAAUAAGAUUGUGCUCAUCCCUUCUGCGCCGCCGUUCAAGACCAAAGCGCUGGACAAGGAGGUUCAGGCCAGUGGAUUCUCCACCCAGGAACUCGUUGGCGUCUUUUUCUGCACCGCCAAGGGGCCAACCGAGCAGACGAAGAUCCUCUACCCAUAUAAUGGCCCCUACGCUGAUCUGGUUCCGGUGAAGGUGACGGUGACCGUCAGUGUGAACCAAGACGCCCAACUACAAGCCAAAGUCACGAAGUCCCAGCACCCGGACAUCCUGUGGAAGUACAAUGGAACCUUCUUGAAGACAACAUACAGGAAUGACGUGAAUAGCGGGAUGGCCCAGCUCACCUUCAGUUCGGUGCAGCACAGCCAAGGUGGGGUGUACAGCGCCGGCUUCAUGGGGAUGAGCCCCCUCUUCAGCGCCUUCUUCAGACUCAUCGUAAGAGGGUGUCCGGACAAUAAGUGGGGUCCAUCGUGUCAGAAGGAUUGCCUGGACUGUCUGAAUGGUGGAGUGUGCGAUGACAGCAGCGGGGAAUGUAUCUGUGCCCCGGGGUUCAUGGGAACCCACUGUGAGAAGGCUUGUAGAGAAGGAAACUUUGGCAGAAACUGCCAGGAGACGUGCCGGAGACCCCACGGGUGUAAGGGUCUCACCUUCUGUCUUCCCGACCCCUACGGAUGUUCUUGUGGAAGUGGCUGGUCCGGGACACAUUGCCAAACAGAAUGUCUGCAGGGAAUGUACGGAGCCAACUGCGCCCUGAAGUGCGAGUGCCAAAACGGGGGGUCCUGUAACAGGUUCAGUGGCUGUGUGUGCCCCAACGGCUGGCAUGGGCAGCACUGCGAGAAGUCAGAUCAUCUUCCUCAGAUCAUUGAUCUUCCCACCCAGGUUGAGUAUAACCUGAAUUCCGCUGCGAUUCUGAUUUGUGCAGCGUCCGGGAAGCCUCAGCCGGUGCGGGAGAGUAUUGUGCUGCGCCGCCCCGACGGGGUCGUCCUCAGUGCCAGUCAGGCUGUGCUGGACUCCGAACGCAGCACCUGUAAGUUCAGCGUGCCCGCACUGACGCUGUCCGACCACGGUUUCUGGGAAUGUCGCGUCUCCACCAGCGGGGGGCAGGACAGCCGCAAAUUUCAAGUGCUGGUCAGAGUGCCGCCCCAACCUCUGGAGCCGCCCCGUGUGCUGGCCCGGGGCAGCCGGCAUCUGAUCCUCGCUCCACUUCAUAAGUUUACAGGAGACGGACCCAUCUCAUCCAUUAAGUUGUUGUAUCGACCAAAGGAGAGUGAAGCCGACUGGUCCAACAUCGUAGUUGAUCCAAAAGACAACAUUACUCUUCCCAACCUGAAGCCGGUCACCGCUUACAUGGUGCAGUUUCAGCUGAGUCGCCCGGGAGCUGGAGGAGAAGGACCUCUUGGACCAGUGGCCGUGCUACAUACAGACUGUAUAGAACCCACAGUGAAGCCGGAGAUCAAGGGCUACGCCAUAGAAGACCGCAACACCUUGUAUCUAAACUGGCAGCUCCCCACCUAUAGCGCUGUAGGGGGCGGUUACCUGGUCCGGAUUUAUCACCCCACUAACCACUUCAUCCGCCAGGAGAACAUCACCUCCAUAGACGUCCUGUCAGCCCGGAUCUACGGCCUCAGCUCCAGGACGGAGUACACCUUCAGGGUCCUCAUCUAUCACUGCACUAGCCUGGGUCCCCCCUCCGACCCCUACGUCAUCAUUCUCAACAGCAAAGGUCCUUCACCUCCCAAAGACGUCCAUGCCGACCCCCUCUCCAGGGAGAGUGUGAAGCUGAUCUGGUCUCCCCCUGAUGAUCCCAAUGGAGGGAUCAUUAAAUACACAGUGGAGAGCCGCAGGCUGGGGGCUCCUGGGGAGCAGCAAUGGGCCGACACUGAGGGCCAUAACCAGACCUGGUUCAUCAUCAGCGGCCUGAACACCAGCACCUUUUAUCAGUUCAGAGUCCGAGCCAACUCCAGGGUCCCCGGAGAAUGGAGCCAUAGCGUGACCGCCGCGACAUACAGCGAUGAGCCGCCUAUCAUGGCCACCAGUGAGGAGGUUCGCCGAUCUCAGACCCCCAGUUCAGGGCAGCAGCUCAUCCUGGCGAUCAUCGGCUCUGUGUCCGUCACCUGCUUCACCAUCAUCGUCGCCCUUCUUGCUCUUUUCUGCAUUAAGAAGAAUUUAUUUCAUCGGCGGAGAAUGUUUACGUAUCAGUCGGGAUCUGGAGAAGAGACCAUCCUGCAGUUCAGUUCGGGGACGCUGACCCUCACCCGGCGGCCCAGACCCCAGACCGAGCCCUUCUCAUACCCCAUCCUGGAAUGGGCCGACAUCAAGUUUGAAGAUGUAAUAGGAGAAGGAAACUUCGGUCAAGUCAUAAAGGCCAUGAUCAAAAAAGAUGGGGUGCGGAUGAACGCCGCCAUCAAGAUGCUGAAAGAAUUUGCCUCGGAGAACGACCACCGAGACUUUGCCGGAGAGUUGGAGGUUCUGUGUAAACUGGGGCAUCACCCGAAUAUCAUCAAUCUGCUGGGAGCCUGCGAGAACAGAGGAUAUCUCUAUAUCGCCAUUGAAUUUGCCCCAUAUGGGAACCUUCUGGACUUUUUACGGAAAAGUCGAGUCCUGGAGACGGAUCCGGCGUUCGCCAAGGAGCACGGGACGGCGUCCACCCUGACAUCACAGCAGCUCCUGCAGUUCGCCUCAGAUGUAGCAAAAGGCAUGCAGUACCUGAGCGAGAAGCAGUUUAUUCACAGGGAUCUCGCUGCCAGAAACGUUCUUGUUGGGGAAAGUAUGGCGGCUAAGAUUGCAGAUUUUGGCCUUUCACGGGGAGAAGAGGUUUACGUGAAGAAGACGAUGGGUCGUCUCCCGGUGCGCUGGAUGGCCAUCGAGUCCCUCAAUUACAGUGUAUAUACUACCAAGAGCGAUGUCUGGUCCUUUGGGGUCCUCCUCUGGGAAAUUGUCAGUUUAG